UGGAUUUCACACUAACAACAAACAAAAGAUCGGGGUUCCCUUUGCUGCUGUCUUUCUGCUCCUCUCACCCUAUUUAGUCUGUCCGAUCAGUUGGAUGUCGUCUUAAAUAACAAGGAUCAACUUUCUGGACGUCUGUUAUGUUUUUGUAUGGUGCUGUUUCGUUGUAUUGGCGUGAUUAAUUCUCUUUAGCGUCUUGCUAAGUCUAUCAGAGAGGCUGUUUGCGAGCUAAUCGCAGUUAGCUGGCUGGCUAGCCGUCCGAUCCGAAUAAAACAAGCCCGAAAUCUCAGCGGCUGUUCUCCUGUGGUGUCUGACAGUGGUCGCUUUAGCCACUGGACACUGUUAGAAAGCUGUCCAGCUAAAGAUAGCUGGCAAGCUGUUGGUAUCGGCGGCAGGAAUCGGAUCGCGAUGUCAGGACCGUCAUCGGGCUGUGGGUUUCUGAUGUCGGUUGUCGUUCACGGAGACUUGGCUCUCAACGAGCAGGAAAAAGACCUCAACCAGCGGCUUAGACGCCUUUACCCGGCCGUCAACGAGCAGGAGACCCCGCUCCCCAGAUCCUGGAGCCCCAAAGACAAAUUCAGCUACAUCGGCCUGUCUCAAAAUAACCUCCGGGUGCAUUAUAAAGGUCAUGGAAAGACCCCAAAAGAUGCGGCAUCUGUCCGUGCAACACACCCUAUUCCAGCUGCCUGCGGGGUCUAUUACUUUGAGGUGAAAAUUAUCAGUAAAGGACGAGAUGGGUACAUGGGGAUUGGCCUGUCAGCUCAAGGUGUCAACAUGAACAGACUUCCAGGUUGGGACAAACACUCAUAUGGAUAUCAUGGAGAUGACGGCCACUCCUUCUGCUCAUCUGGCACUGGGCAGCCCUAUGGUCCCACAUUCACAACAGGCGAUGUGAUCGGCUGCUGUGUGAACCUCAUCAACAAUACCUGUUUCUACACAAAAAAUGGUCACAGUCUAGGGAUAGCUUUUACAGAUUUACCGCCCAACCUGUAUCCCACAGUGGGUCUACAGACCCCAGGGGAGGUUGUGGACGCCAAUUUUGGGCAGCAUCCGUUUGUCUUUGAUAUUGAGGACUACAUGCGUGAAUGGAGAACCAAAAUCCAAGCCCAGAUUGACCGUUUCCCCAUUGGGGAGAGAGAAGGAGAAUGGCAGGCCAUGAUUCAGAAAAUGGUGGCCUCCUAUCUGGUUCACCACAGCUACUGUGCCACUGCUGAGGUCUUUGCCAAAUCAACUGACCAGGCCGUACACGAGGAACUUGCUUCUAUCAAAAAUAGACAGAAGAUCCAGAAGCUGGUCCUAUCUGGCAGAAUGGGAGAGGCUAUAGAGACCACUCAACAACUUUACCCAAGCCUGUUAGAGUUAAACCCAGACCUCCUGUUUAUGUUGAAAGUCAGGCAGUUCAUUGAGAUGGUGAAUGGCACUGACAGUGAGGUCAGGUGUCUCGGUGGGAGGAGUCCUAAGUCACAGGAUAGUUACCCAGGCUCCCCCCGUCUCUUCAACAGCCCUGUUCACAAAGCCAGCAGCUCCCAGACCUACCAGACAGACAGUGCUGAGGUGGAGAUGGAGGUUGAUCACUUCUCAAACGGAGUGUCUGAAUCCUCUUCAAAUGGAUUUCUGAAUGGCAGCUCUACUCACGGGAUAGACUUGGAGGAAUGUGAUGGAGAUAUGGAAGUGGAUAGUGCUCAGUCCAAGAGGCAGUUGUGCGGAGGGAGCCAGGCAGCCAUUGAGAGGAUGAUUCAGUUCGGCCGAGAGCUACAGAGCAUGAGUGAACACUUGCGCCGUGAGAGGGGCAAAAACUCAGCCAAUAAGAAGAUGCUCAAGACUCAUAACCUGCCAAAGCAGCCUCCCUUGGCGCUCGCCGUCGGCCAGGCAGCUCAGUGUCUGUCCCUCAUGGCUCGCACAGGCAGCGGAUCCUGCGCCUUCGCAUCAGUGGAUGAUUACCUGCACUAACCCCUGGAGAAUCAUCCCUUUAAAUGACAACGUGAAAGAGGCCCACAUCAUACCGGUCCAUCCCAGACUCCCAAAAAAACUGGGGACAGCUUUGAAACCAUGGCCUGAUGAACUGAGCCUCCACAUGGCCAGACCCAUCCUGGCUCUCUGACAAGACUGGAUCCUCUUCACCUGGGCCUAAAGAUACAUUAGGAAGAGGGGUUCUUAAAAGUCAGAUAAAAUCCCCAAUCAUUAUGGUUUUUAUUUUAUUUUUUCCUUUUGUCUUUUUUAUUUUGAGGGAGGGUGGGGGGUGGGGGUUGCAGCAGGCUGAUUGUUUCCUAAUUUACAAGGCAUGAGGAAAAUUAUUAUGACGUAAUUAAUGUUAUUAUCAGUAAACUUGCAUAUAAGAUGUAUUUGUUCUUGGUUGAAAGCUGGCAGAGUGAGAGAGACCGGAUAACUAUGGUCACACCGCGGCAACACCCUGCUAUUUUCAGGUCUCAGCUUGUGUACUUUACCAUUUAAAAAAAGGAAAAGGAAAAAAAAGAGAAAAAAUAUUGAAAUUAUUUUAAGACGAGGAGUGGAACAUUUAGUUAUCUUACAGUAAAAAAAAUUAAAACCCAGAAAACCUAACACUGCUGGAGUCAUCCUUAGUGGUGGUAUUUAGAAUAGAGCAUUAGUGUGAGCUUGUAUGAGUUAUGCCCUUUUUUAAACAAGCGCACCCUCCCUCUGCCAACUGCACAGCAGGAUUGAUGCAAUGUUCGGACACUUUGAUUUGUGAUUGUAUUGGAUGUCUUUGGUCUUUUCAUCCACCCGAUCUCUUACUCCAUCUUUUAAAAAGUCCAUAUUCAGGCGUUCUCUCAUCAUCGUUGCCUGCACUAUGUUUUUGUGCAGUUUGGAUGUGCAACAGGAAUAUAGUGAAAUUAAGGUCAUAUCCAGUGGCAAGAGGCAAGCCUGCUCCAUUGUUUUUUCUCCUCUUGUUUACCAGUCAAUCCCUCGGAUCAUCAGUACUUUUAAAACAAGGAGAAUGGUACAGUAUUGUCAUCAACACUGUCUUAUCAUUUUCAGUAAUAAAACGUUAAUACCCAGUU